GUCACACCAGACGUCCCGGGACACCUUACGUAAGUUCCGUAGAGCAGGAAGUGUGAUGUGGCUUUGAAUCUCACCAAAAUGUCAGCCAUCUUCAACUUCCAGUCCCUCCUAACAGUGAUCCUCCUCCUGAUCUGCACAUGUGCCUACAUCAGAGCGCUGGCGCCCAGCCUGCUAGACAAGAACAAGACCGGGCUCCUAGGAAUCUUCUGGAAGUGUGCCAGGAUAGGUGAGCGGAAGAGUCCCUGGGUGGCGUGCUGCUGCGUCGUCAUGGCGUUCAGUAUACUCUUUCUUCAGUAGCAGUUCUAAAAACGAAAAAGAAAGACCUCAAAUGGAAACCAUGGACAAAAUGAACAGACGACGAGACGCGGACAGUCGGAUCCCGGAAGCACAACAGGACGUCCCCCGGGCUGUCGCUCUGGAGACCGGUCAUCGAGUACCGUAGCCCCAGGGAGACACAGUGUGUGUGUGUGUGUGUGUGUGUGUGUGUGUGUGUGUGUGUGUGUGUGUGUGAGUGGGUGGAGGGGUGAGCUGAUAGCCCCAAAGUGUGUGUGAAUCCCUGCGCAGACUUCCAGGUCCGUUGUGUUUGAUUGUGUGUAGUGUUUACUGUGGAUAUGCGUGUGUGUGCGGGGGUCGGCGCUUUUCUGUUAUCUAUUUGUGGGAUCAAAAUGAUACAACGGAUCGUCAAAACAUUUCAACCCGACGCCUCUCCUUCUCUUUUUCUUUUUUUUGAGUUUGUCGCGAUCUCAUCAACGUAAUUAAGGUUAUACAUCCCGAGGAUCAAAUGCUCCAAGCCGUUGAGGGAUUUCCAUUCAUUUUUAACCUGUUUGUUGUAUCUAAAAAAAAAAAAAGUAAUCGUAUUCUGCAGCAAACAAAAUGGUAUCGUAGCUCCUCAGGUGUCCAC